AUGUCUAGCCGGAAGCAAACAAAAAAGCAGCUGCCGGGCAAGGGUGAUCUCACAAAUGAGGACGACGCCUACGAUGCCGUUUUCAGCGGUGAAUUUGGGUCUAUGGAAAUCGGCAAUUACAUAGGCCCAAGUGAGGGCCAAACGGAGCACUUGCCUGAUGCAAUUGAUUUUGAAGAUGAAGACGAGUUAGCUGAGGAGGAGCUACCCGAAGAGACCCAACCGAGUAUGCGAAACAUGACACAAGAGGACGACGAUUAUCUCAAUAUGAUGAGUAACGGAGCGAUCCUUGGCGAGCAAGCGGAUGGUUACAGUGAUAGGAACAACACUUUGUUCAUGGGUGUAGAUGGGCAUGAGGCGACGUUUCCUGAAGAGCAUCACCCUUUUGGAGAAUUCGCGGAUGAGAACCAAAUCGCUCUUGAAGAGCAGCGCAAGCUUUUAGAAAAAGAGAGGGUCGCGCGGGAAGAAAAAGAGCUGUUGAACUACUACUUUCCUAAGUUCCAAAAAGGUAAAGUCCUUAGCUUGAUGAGCAUUGUUCCGAAGCAGAUAAGCAAGUACCAGUGGCAAAGAGAUUUGUACCUGACAAACAGACAUAUAAAACCAAUGCUACCUCUCAAGCUACGAGUUGAAGUUCAGCCAGAUUCUAGAAGGCUAUUCAAGUCAAAAAGCAAAAGCUGGCAGUUUAUGUCUGAGCUUUAUAAGAAGAAAAAACCGGGUCUUGUGACGGUUCCACUCGAAGAUAUGUUUGCAGACGGAAAGCAGUCUACACAAAGGCGAAAAAUGGACGGUUCUAUUCCUAGUGAACUAAUGAUGAUUGCUGAUGAAUGGGAUUACAAAAAGAUAAUUGGCGAUUCUGACGAUGAGCAAGAAUCUCAGAGCGGUAAAAGCACUCGCUCAGUUGCGGUAUCUUCGGAGACACCAACAAUUCAACAGGAUUGGAACUGGGAUGAAGAAAACUUAGUUGAAGGGAAAGUUGACCAAAUCAAAGUGUGCCUGGACAUGAACGACGAAAGGCUGCUUUUUGUGAAGGAUAAACAUCAAGAACAUCAAGAGAGCAAAGCCAAGCCAGCUUUACUUCCGUUCAACGAGAAGAGCUUGCUUCAGAAAUUCAAUAUUUCAAAUGACGACAAGUACAAAAUUUUGAAAGAGAACUAUCAGACCAAAAUUCGUUCCACUAUUUCUAACCUCAGUAUUGAACACUCACAGCCAGCCUUCAGAUUACAGUCUCCUUUUUUUAAAGUUGUACCGCCCAAGGGAUAUAUUAGACACUUUCAUAGGCCACACUUUGGAGGUCAGGUUCGGCCGGGUACAAACAUUGUGUUUAGCAAAGUCAAGACAAGAAAGAGAAAAAGAGAUAAAGGAAAAGACGUGCGUGAGCUAUUUGCAAGAAGCCCAGACCUAACCUUAGGCGACAGUGCGCCAAUAUUUUUAAUGGAAUAUUCUGAAGAAUCUCCAGUUGCGCUAUCUAAGUUCGGCAUGGGUAACAAGCUAAUAAAUUACUACCGUAAGACAGAUGAAAAAGAUCUGUCAAGACCUAAGCUCCCAGUUGGGGAGACGCACGUGCUCGGCGUUCAGGAUAAGUCCCCUUUUUGGAACUUCGGGUUUGUUGAACCAGGUAAUGUUGUACCGACAUUAUACAAUAACAUGAUCAGAGCUCCUGUUUUCAAGCACGAAGUUUCUGGGACUGAUUUUCUCCUUAUCAAAAGCACUGGUAAUGGAAUGGGCAAUCGCUUUUAUUUGAGAAACAUCAAUCAUCUGUUUACGGUUGGCCAAACCUUUCCUGUCGUCGAAGUUCCUGGCCCUAACUCUAGAAGGGUUACCUCAAUGGGCAAGAACAGACUGCGAAUGAUUGUUUAUCGUAUUUUAAACAAAUCAGCCGAGCACAGGCUUCUUGUGAAACAAGUUGCUAGGCACUUUCCUGAUCAGAACGACAUGCAAAACCGUCAAAGAUUGAAAGAAUUCAUGAAAUAUCAAAGGGAUGGUGAUGAUCAUGGGUUUUGGAAGCUUAAAGAAUCUGAAAUUCUCCCUGACAAUGAGAAUGUCAAGAAAAUGAUAACACCAGAAGAUGUUUCAUUGACGGAAUCAAUGUAUCAAGGACAACAGUUUCAAGAAGAUAACGAAUUUUUCAACUGCGAUGAAAAGCUAAUAAAGUUGGAGGAAAAUUUGAUACCUUGGGCAGCGACCAAGAACUUUUUGAAUGCGACACAAAUGCGUGCAAUGGUUCAAAUUCAUGGGGCUGGUGAUCCGACAGGGUGCGGAGAAGGCUUCUCGUUUCUAAAAACAUCAAUGAAAGGUGGUUUCACGCGGUCUGGAGAUGAUUCAGGGCAGCCACAGAUAAGCGGUGGGCAUAGUUAUAACGUAGCACAACAACAGAAGGCAUACGAAGAGGAAAUUAGCAAAACUUGGUAUACCCAGGCAAAGAGCUUAAGGAUAACAAAUCCAUUUGAAGAAAUGGAAGAUCCAGACGUUGUCAACAAAACCAACAAAAAGGUAAAGUCGCACCGUGAUGAUAAUAAGGUGCUUCGAAUAAUAAGAAAGAAGCGUGACGAGAACGGAAUUAUCCAGCGUCAAACCAUCAUAAUUAAAGAUCCUCGAGUGAUCCAAGGGUAUCUUAGAGCUUAUAAAAAAAAAAGAGAGGAGGCGGAAGCAAAUUUGGGUCUUGAGGAGCUAAUGAACGAUAACAUUGACCUCGUCAGUGGAGGUAACACUGAAGAAAAACAGCUAAAACAAAAGAAGCUCUUAGAGGAGCAGUUAGCUAAAUUACAGAAGUCCCAAGAAAGAAGACAAGCCAGAAAGCUGGCCAAAGAAAAGACGAAGGACGGCAAAGUUACUAAGGCGAGAAACACAAAUAGAAGAUGUGCUACGUGCGGCAUGGUGGGGCACAUUCGUACUAACAAGACCUGUCCGAUGUAUAACGGAGGAACAGGCGCCGCAAUAGCCAAUCCUCCAACGCCUGGCCCAGCACCAGGUUCAGAAAACUCAGUGGAGAACGCAGAAAACGCAGAAGCGUGA